AUGGAGGACGACGAUAAAAAUCAUAUGAUUAUGAAUCCGUUUAAGACGACGGAGAAGGAGUCUGAGGAACACGAGGAGUCUGAAAUGUUCGAAAUCAGAAAGAAACCUGUGAAAAAGAAUAUGGAAGAGGAAGAAGAUAGAAAGGAGAUAAUCAAUUAUGGUGAAGCAGAUGGGAACGAAGAAAUCAGUCAUGGUGAUGUUGAAGCACAUGGGAACGAGGGAAUUGCUUCUGCUGAAGACGAAGAAGAGUUUGAGGAACAGUUCAUUGGUCGAAAUACUAUUCCUGACAGCUCCGAUGAAGAGGAAGAUGAUUUUGAUACGAGGGAUAGAAAACGCAAGAAGACAUCAGAUGAUAAAUUAGAUGUGGGAACUACUUUCUGGUCGGGUUUUGAGUUCAAAGAGGCUGUCUUGGAUUAUGCUUUGAACAAAGGUAGAAACAUUCAGCAAGAAAGAUGGGAUACGACAAAGCUUAGCUUUAAGUGUGGUAUUAAGGGAAAAUGUAAAUGGAGGGUCUAUUGCUCAUAUGAUAAGUCAAGUCAGAAGUGGAUAGUGAAGACUCGGUACAAGUAUCAUAGCUGCACGCCUAAUGGAAAGUGUAAGCUUCUUAAAAGCCCGGUUAUAGCUAGAUUGUUUCUUGAUAAAUUGAGAGAGAACAGUGCUCUCAUGCCAGAGAAGAUUCAAGAACAGAUUAAAGAAAUUUGGAAACUGAUAGCACCAAGAAAUCAAUGCCAAAGAGGAAGAACACUAGCAUUGAGAUGGCUUGAAAAGGAGUAUGCAGACCAGUUUGCGCACCUCAGAGGAGAGGAUGUAUUUGAUCGGUUUUAUGUUUGCUUUGAAAACCUUAGAAAGUGUUGGAGAGGGACUUGUCGUCCGAUCAUAGGGCUUGAUGGCACGUUCUUAAAAGUCGCUGUGAAAGGUAUUUUACUAACUGCUGUAGGACGUGAUGGUAAUAAUCAAAUAUAUCAUUUUGCUUGGGCUGUGGUACAGUCUGAAAAUGCGGAUAACUGGCUUUGGUUUAUCAAGCGGCUGAAGUUUGAUUUGAGUCUUGGAGAUGGCAGUAAAUACGUCCUCAUAUCUGAUAGCUCCAAGGGACUCAUAAGCGCUAUCAAAUCUGAGUUACCAAAGGCGGAGCAUAGACGAUAUGUGAAGCAUAUUGUAGAAAAUCUGAAGAAGAAGCACAAAAAUAAAGAUUUUCUGAAACCAAGAGUGUGGAAUCUAGCUUGGAGCUACAAUACUACAGAAUACAAGGAGCAACUCGAGAAGUUGAAAGACUAUAGCAUGUCUUUGUAUGAAGAUGUGAUGAAAGAGGAACCAAAGACUUGGUCCUUGGCGUAUUAUAGACUUGGAAGCUUUUGUGAUGAUGUUGACAACAAUGCCACUGAGUCAUUUAACACUACUAUUAUCGCAGCUAGAGCUAAGGCGAUCAUGCCCAUCUUGGAGACAAUUAGAAGGCAGGCAAUGCUAAGAAUCGCAAAAAGGAACAAAAAAACAUUGAGGCGUCAAGAGAAAUUUACAAAGUAUGUGGUUAAAAUUCUUGAAUCUGAGAAAUAA